AUGGCAUCUUCUCUGCAAACAAUCCGACCAUAUGUCAUCACUGUGCUCUGCCUUCUGAUGAUGCUCAUGAUCAAGCCCGCGGAAUCGGACCAAGCUCUGGUUGAUAAGGUAUGCAGCAGUGGUGAGAACGUCGAUUCAUCCUACUGCCAGAAGCUAUUCAAACAAGACGCAUUCAGCCUCGCGUCGAACCUCAGCGGACUGGCUCGGAUUGCCCUGGCUAACAUAAAGUUCAAGGCAAGCUUCAAUAAGAAGACGUUCGUAGAUACACAACCGGAUAUUCCGCAGUUGUGCUCCGACGAGUACGAUUCCGUUUUUGUCAAAGUUAGGAGGGCAUGUAAGAUGAAUUUCGAGAAUUUGGUCGGGACGGGUAAUGAUUAUCCGCUCGAGGAAACUGUCGCAACGGUUCUGUCAGGAGCGGAUGCAUGUUAUUCAGACUUUUCAGAGCCACUUGGUUCCGAAACAAACAAGGAGCUGAUCAAGCUUGCUGCAAUUCUGCAGUGCAUCAUCGAUCUCGGCAGGCAAAUGAAGUGUGCCGUUGCCUGUUAG